UUAAACCACGCCCAGCCUCUACUGUGAUAGGACAACAGAUGGGUUGGAACUAAGUCUAUCACAGUAUAAAGAAUACUGUUUACAUACAUCCUGUCAGUUCUCUGUUCUGCCCUGCGUGGCAUUACAGUGAGCCCGUAUAUACGAAAGUUGCAUUUGCCAUUUAUUACUUAGCUAAUAAAAAAUACAUAGUAUAAAAUCGGUGACUCAUUGUUAUAUUUAUCCUGAUACCAGAUUCAAAUUUACCCAACUCUAACAUGGGUCAGCCAAAUGACCAACGUAUGGGCUAUAGACAUAGGGCAAAUAUUUUUAGGACAUGAAGAGAAACAUAGUCUACUAGUCCUAAUAAGGACAGACAAACCAAAGAACGAACCAAGCUAAACUUAAGGGGCCCAUAGGAUAAGAUGGGCAUGUAUUAUUUUUGGGACAUGAAGAAGUCCUGUCACCAUUAUAACUUGACUGAAAGCAGAUAUGGGCAUUAUUGGGCGUGAACAAGCAGGAUGCACAGAUUGGGAUAUAAUGGUGGCAGAUGGACUGAGGUUAUUGACUGAGGUCCCAAAGUGUCUCCAGCCAUGUCUGUCAGAGAGUCGUUUAACCCAGAGAGCUACGAGCUAGACAAGAGCUUCAGACUCACACGCUUCACUGAGCUCAAAGGAACGGGCUGCAAGGUACCCCAGGAUGUGCUACAGAAGCUUCUAGAAGCCCUGCAGGAGAACCACUAUCAGGAGGAUGAACAGUUCCUUGGAGCCGUCAUGCCCAGACUUGGCAUUGGUAUGGACACAUGUGUCAUCCCCCUCAGGCAUGGGGGCCUUUCUCUAGUCCAGACGACAGACUACAUCUACCCCAUAGUGGACGACCCCUAUAUGAUGGGGCGAAUUGCGUGUGCCAAUGUUCUAAGUGACCUGUACGCAAUGGGAGUGACGGAAUGUGACAACAUGUUGAUGCUGCUGGGGAUCAGUAACAAACUGUCAGAAAAGGAGCGGGACAAGGUGAUGCCUCUGAUCAUCCAGGGGUUCAAAGAUGCGUCGGAGGAAGCAGGCACGUCUGUUACGGGGGGACAGACGGUUCUUAACCCCUGGGUGGUCCUGGGUGGGGUGGCCACCACGGUCUGUCAACCCAAUGAGUUCAUCAUGCCAGACAACGCAGUGCCAGGAGAUGUGUUGAUUCUCACCAAACCUCUUGGGACUCAGGUGGCUGUGGCGGUACACCAGUGGCUGGACAUUCCUGACAAGUGGAAUAAGAUCAAGCUGGUGGUGACUCAGGAGGAUGUAGAGCUGGCCUAUCAGGAAGCUAUGAUGAACAUGGCCCGGCUCAACAGGACAGCUGCAGGUCUGAUGCACACCUUCAACGCUCACGCCGCCACUGACAUCACUGGCUUUGGGAUUCUGGGACACGCCCAGACAUUGGCACGGCAACAGCGUAGCGAGGUCUCAUUUGUCAUUCACAACCUCCCUGUGCUCGCCAAGAUGGCCGCUGUGUCCAAGGCCUGCGGGAACAUGUUCGGACUCAUGCACGGCACCUGCCCUGAGACAUCAGGGGGUCUGUUGAUCUGUCUUCCCAGGGAGCAGGCAGCUCGUUUCUGUGCUGAGAUCAAAUCUCCUAAAUACGGCGAGGGCCACCAGGCCUGGAUCAUCGGCAUUGUGGAGAAGGGUAACCGCACCGCCCGCAUCAUCGACAAACCACGAAUCAUCGAGGUCGCUCCUCAGCUCUCCACACAGAAUGUCAACCCUACACCCGGUGCAACCUCAUAAUACCUUUCCUCUCCCCUGCAAUGCAGACCGGAACCACAGAGCUCGGCCGAGUUUUUUUUAGACUCAUAGAAAACCAUCCUAGAGUGUGUCAAAUGUAUACACGUAUAUAUAUAUAUAUAUAUAUACAAUUAACUGGGUUGAGGUGUAUGUACACCUGCCUCAGACCGAGAGAAGCCUUAGGGGCAGGUCAUCACACAAUGGACGCACUAUCAACAAAAACAAAAAAAUCCCUAAAAAGAAAACAAGUAAAAAUCCAUUUGCCUUUUGUCUGUUGUAAUCUGUUAUGUUUGACUGAAGAGGCAGGCAGCUUCUGGGUUUAAGAAUAGAUUAUGAUUAUCCGAUUCUGUUGAUUCAUUUAGAAUCUUUAGGAGACUCGGGUGUCCGUUGCCUCCAGGGCACUUUUUAAAGGGUGCUUGUUCUCGACAAGUAUGUGUAAGAGUUUUUUUUUUUUUAAAGCAAUGGGUAGUGAUAUAGCGUUUUUGUUUGUCCGUUCACUUUGUGUACAGUUUAAAAACUUAGUUGUAGUUUAAAGCUGUAACAGAUGCCUGGAAAGAGUGAACAUAAGGGUUGCUUUUUUACUUUCACUUUUUGUAUCCCCCCCAAAAAACAAAUAAAUCAAAUAGAUUUUUAUUUUCAUGCCAGUUUUACAAGAGCACUAUCAAAUUGAUGGAUCUAAAGGAAUGCAUUAUCAAAUUGGACUCCCUCUGUUCAUAUUGCUGUUUUGUACUUUUAAUCAGUGAUAGAAUCAGUUACAAGGACAUUAAAUCCAUUCUGUCAUCUUACAGGCAAUAAACAGAACGUCCUGGUAUAGUUUGGUAUACUUGCCUAUGGAGAUGUGAUCAUACUGAGUAGGAUUCGGAAGAAGUCUGAGCAUGGUGUCUCAACUCUGUUGUAUUGCACACACCUACCUUUUUAAGGAAGCAGGUAUUGUAAGAGGCAGAUGAAAUGGUGAGUGUUCAAGUCUUGGUUGACACUUUGCUCCAUGAAAAUAGUACCAGUGCAUCCAUCUGCAGCAGAGCUUACACUAGCUGAUUUUCUAUAGAAUCUUCCAGUACCUAGAGGUUCCAUACAAUUUGUAUACCGGUAAAGUACUUUGCUCAGAUUUGCCAACACUAGAUUUGCCAACACUAGAUUUGCCACACUAUCCCAAUAAAUGUACAAUCUGUGUCUAAUCAUCCUGGUUGGGAUAAGUGUAGUCUUAGAUUCAAAUCAGAUGGAGCAUUAACCAGCAUUGGCCGACAUCCGCAUAGCAGAUGUUUUAGAGUUGUAACUGCGGUAUGAGAUAUUCUAUCGGUGAGUUGCUGCUUCUGUAUGUCACAAACCACUCCCGUUCAAAACGGCUCUAGAAAGUGUAGGUUAUCGGUGUUAAGAAAUAAUUAAUCAGAUGUCAAACCAUUGAUGUUAGGCUAAAGCAUGUUUUCAUGUUAAUUUGAAUGGGGAAUUUAUAGCGUAUCAGUCUAAUUCAAGUGUUUGAACUUCUAACGUGGCUGCAUGGGACGUUGCAUUAUAGUCGGGUGUGGUUUCAGUGUAUCCAAUGGCAGUGUCCACAAUAAGGUAACACAAUGAGACACUUGUGGAUUUGACAGCUCUAUGCAGUUCCAACAUCGCCAAAACAACCGCUAUGCAGAUGUCAAUCUGAUUGAAUCUAGCCCUUAGUACUCCAGUCAUCUGAUGUAAGGCCUUUUCUCAUGUCUGGUACCAUAAAGGGUUGUAUGGCACUCUGCUUACAAACUGAAAUAACACUGGAUCCUCUGUUACACUGAAGGACUGCGUUUGUUCUCUCCUAUUGUUUCAUAAAGCAGGAUGUUGUCAUUAUGCCAUGUAGUAACUAAGCAUUUUGCACACCAGAAUGUACUUCCUCUGCUAUACAUGGCAACUGGAAAUGUAUGUGGUGUAGUUGGCCACACAGUUCAGGUAUGAGAGUAUACAUUUUUAUGUGUUCAAGUCCAAAGAAGAGGUAAAACAAACAAUCAACAUAUCCUUUAUUAUAAUACAUUCUAAACACAUAGUUGUUUGACCUGAUACAGUUGAAUUCUUAAGUUUACAUACACCUUAGCCAAAUACAUUUAAACUCAGUUUUUCACAAUUCCUGACAUUUAAUCCUAAUAAAAAUUCCCUGUCUUAGGUCAGUUAGGAUCACUUUAUUUUAAGAAUGUGAAAUGUCAGAAUAAUAGAGAACUAUUAUUUCAGCUUUUAUUUCUUUCAUCACAUUCCCAGUGGGUCAGAAGUUUAGACUCAAUUAGUAUUUGGUAGCAUUGCCUUUAAAUGGUUUAACUUGGGUCAAAAGUUUCAGGUAGCCUUCCACAAGCUUCCCACAAUAAGUUGGGUGGCUUAAGGACUUUGUUGUCCACAACUUGGUAAAAUGGUCAUUGUCCAUUUGUAAGACCCAUUUGUGACCAAGCUUUAACUUCCUGACUGAUGUCUUGAGAUGUUGCAUCAAUAUAUACACAUAAUUUUCCUCCCUCAUGUUGCCAUCUAUUUUGUGAAGUGCACCAGUCCCUCCUGCAGCAAAGCACCCCCACAACAUGAUGCUGCCACCCCCGUGCUUCACGGUUGAGAUGGUGUUCUUCGGCUUGCAAGCCUCCCCCUUUUCCCUCCAAGCAUAACGAUGGUCAUUAUGGCCAAACUGUUCUAUUUUUGUUUCAUCAGACCAGAGGACAUUUCUCCAAAAAAUACGAUCUUUGUCUCCGUGUGCAGUUGCAAACCAUAGUCUGGCUCUUUUUAUGGCGGUUUUGGAGCAGUAGCUUCUUCCUUGCUGAGCGGCCUUUCAGGUUAUGUCGAUAUAGGACUAGUUUUACUGUGGAUAUAGAUACUUUUGUACCUGUUUCCUCCAGAAUCUUCACAUGGUCCUUUGCUGUUGUUUUGGGAUUGAUUUUCACUUUUCGCACAAACAAAUGUUCAUCUCUAGGAGACAGAAUGCGUCUCCUUCCUGAGCGGGUAUGAUGGCUGCGUGGUCCCAUGGUGUUUAUACUUGCGUACUAUUGUUUGUACAGAUGAACGCGGUACCUUCAGGCAUUUGGAAAUUGCUUGUCUUGGCUGAUUUCAUUUGAUUUUCCCAUGAUGUCAAGCAAAGAGGCACUGAGUUUGAAGGUAGGCCUUGAAAUACAUCCACAAGUAGACCUCCAAUUGACUCAAAUGAUGUCAAUUAGCUAUCAGAAGCUUCUAAAGCCAUGACAUAAUUUUCUGGAAUUGUCCAAGCUGUUUAAAGGCACAUUCAACAUAGUGUAUGUAAACUUCUGACCCACUGGAAUUGUGAUCGUGAGUUAUAAGUGAAAUAAUCUGUAAACAAUUGUUGGAAAAAUUACUUGCCAAAACUGUAGUUUGUUAACAAGAAAUUUGUGGAGUGGUUGAAAAACGAGUUUUAAUGACUCCAACAGAAGUGUAAGUAAACUUUCGACUUCAACUGUACAUACGAUUCAGAUAACAGAUUCAGAUAUACUACCUUAUAUAUUACAACACUUAAAUACUCAAAACAGUGCUAUUUACAAGUGUACACAUAUUACAAUCAGAUGCAAAUACAACUGCCUUUGAACUAAA